AUGACCGAGGCGGCGCUGGUGGAGGGCCAGGUCAAGCUGCGGGACGGCAAGAAGUGGAAGACUAGGUGGCUGGUGCUGCGCAAGCCGUCGCCGGUGGCAGACUGCCUGCUGAUGCUGGUCUACAAGGACAAGGCGGAGCGAGCCAAGGGCCUCCGGGAGCGCAGCAGCCUGACGCUGGAGGACAUCUGCGGGCUGGAGCCCGGCCUGCCCUACGAGGGCCUGGCCCACACGCUGGCCAUCCUCUGCCUGUCCCAGGCCGUCAUGCUGGGCUUCGAGAGCCACGAGGCCAUGUGCGCCUGGGAUGCCCGCAUCCGCUAUGCGCUGGGCGAGGUGCAUAGGUUUCAUGUGGCAGUGGCGCCAGGCACCAAGCUGGAGAGCGGCCCCGCCACCCUUCACCUCUGCAAUGAUGUUCUCGUGCUGGCCAGGGACGUCCCCCCAGCGGUCAUGGGCCAGUGGAAGCUGUCCGACCUCCGGCGCUACGGGGCCGUGCCCAACGGGUUCAUCUUUGAAGGCGGGACCAGGUGUGGGUACUGGGCCGGAGUGUUCUUCCUGUCCUCUGCCGAGGGUGAACAGAUCAGCUUCCUGUUCGACUGCAUUGUCCGUGGCAUCUCCCCAACCAAGGGGCCCUUUGGGCUGCGGCCGGUCCUCCCAGACCCGAGCCCUGGGGGACCCGCCACCGCUGAGGAGCGCGUAGCCCAGGAGGCCCUGGAAGCCCUGAAGCUGGAGAAGCGGCUCAGCCUCCUCUCCCACGGGGUCAGGCCGGGCAGCGGAGGGGAUGACCGCAGCCUGUCCAGCUCAUCCUCGGAGGCCAGCCACUCAGACGUCAGUGCCGGCAGCCGACUCACAGCAUGGCCAGAGCCAUCCCUGUCCUCGGCCAGCACGUCGCAGGAGGGCCCGGGGCUGGCGGCUGCCCAGGUGUCUGGAGAGGCUGCGCCGGGCAUCUCCAGGCAGCCCCCUAAGCCCCUGCGGCCCCGGCAACUGCAGGAAGUUGGCCGCCAGAGCUCCUCGGACAGCGGCAUAGCCACAGGCAGCCACUCCUCCUACUCAGGCAGCUUCUCGUCCUGUGCCGGCAGCAGCCUGGAUGUGUGGCGCACGGGGGACGAGUUUGGCUCCUUGCUCAGCCUGCCGCCGGUGGCUGGGGUGCCCGAGCCCAGCCUGUGCGCCUGCCCGCCAGGGACAGCUGAGUACCAAGUGCCUACGGCCCAGCGGCACCAUUAUGACACGCCGCGCAGCCUGCGCCAGGCCCCCAGGGACCAGAGCCCGGCUGCGCAGGGUGGCCCUGAGGACCCUGGGGCUGGGGACUCGGGGGGCCAGAUGUCCACAGGGUGUCCCUCCGGCUGGCUGGGCACGAGGCGGCGGGGACAAGCAACGGAGGCCCCGGGCUGUGAGGCCCCUGGUGAGGGCUGGGAAGCAGGCAGCCCCCAUGCUGGGCACCCUCCGGCUUUCUUUUCCACCUGUCCGGUCUGUGGAGGACUCAAGGGAGCAGUGGCCUCACCUCCCCGCCUUCUGAUGAUGCAUUCAGGAGCCCCAGGGUCCGAGAGACUGUGCAGCGAGGCGCCCCCCUAUGUGAACGUCCCCGUCAGCCCCUCCCCCAAAGCGCAGCUGCAGUACCUGGGCCUGGAGCUCCAGGGGGCCAGCGCCGGGAUCCGAGGGGCUGGUGCAUCCCGCUACGCGCAGAUUGACAUUGUGGCCACUGAGGCGGCCCACAGGGCAGGGGCCCGGCACGCACAGAUCCGGGAGGAGAGGCUGCCGGAGCUGGACCAGAGAAGGAAGGGGACCCCAAGGUGA